GUUCUGAGUCUGGGAGGGGGUGCAAGAGGGAUGUGAUAGUUACAAAAUAUCCAUCCUUACCAGCUCUGGCUUUUACCGAAAACAGACUAUCCUCGAACAUACUCCUACUCCAAUUUCUACUUCACAUGCUACCUUUCCAUCUCUACCAUUUCGUCUCCCAAGCACACUGAAGCAUUACCAGUGCACAUUACAAACUUUUAAAAUGUAUGUAGCUUUCCCACAGGAAUGUUCAGGAUACUAUAGCUGCAGCGUUAAACGCCCUGAAAUUCCGCAUCCAUCCGAGUUCACCCGUUUACGUGCGCUUUUGGGAAGGGUUUUGUUAAGCCACAAAGGCGGAACAGUCAAGGGUGCUUGGACAAGAGCGGGCCUCUCCCCAGUCCUGCUGUCACCCAGCAGACACAGAGCACUCCUUUUUGUCUCCUAACAGAAAAUUUCGUGAGAUUUCUGUCUUUUGUAGGGAUCCUUGCAUUAAAACCACUUCUGCUGUCGGCGGGCAGGAUGCGCUGGCGCUGCGGGCGGGACCAGCCUGUUGCGGGCAGCAGCGCUGCCGGGGGCUGCGGGCGGCCCUGCCCGCGGCACGGCAUCGCCGCCGGGGACAAAGCCAGCCGGGGGAGCGACGCCUUCCCGGAGCGCUCAAACGCCGGUUCCGGGUGCCCUGCACGCCGCCCCCGCGCCCAUCUCCGCCGCGCUGCCGGGCGAGAGGCAGGACCGCCGCCGCUUCGCGCUCACGCCCAUCGCCGGGAGAAUUGCCUAUGCUUCAAAAUGAAAGUGAGGAAGAAGAAUCCCCAAAAGUAUUAAUUUAAACAAUAAUUAUUGGUUGUAAUUACUAAUUUCACUGACUGCUGGAAUUGUGGAAUUAUUUGGUAACCUCCAACCUCCAUGAUGCAGUUGUGUUUAUUUCCUGCUGUCACGGAGAGGAACUGUUGGAAGAAUACCAUCUGUUCCUGAUGACUUGUUAUAUCAAUUUUGUGGAUUAUUGAUUGUCUAAUCUACUAACACUGGUGUUUGAGACGGACCAACGUCGCCUCUGAUAAAGAAGAUACGUGAUUUAAUAUAAAUGAAGAAUGAUGCAAUAUUCUUUGUAUAGCCUUAUAAGAAUCUUAUUUAAGGAGUUGCAGUAAGACAAACACUGAAAAGAACUUUUCCCUGGUACGAUGUGUUGAAGCAGAGGAACUGGAAUUGCCCACCUUUGUACAAGCUAAGAAAAUGUUUGCUGUUUUGUGAGUGGAAGCAGCUCUGGAGUGAAUUGAACUUCUGAAAAUGCGGCCAUGGACUGGUUCCUGGCGUUGGAUUAUGCUCAUCCUCUUUGCUUGGGGAACUUUACUGUUUUAUAUUGGUGGGCACCUGGUACGAGACAGCGAGCACCCAGAUCACUCCAGUCGGGAAUUAUCCAAGAUCCUUGCUAAACUUGAACGGUUAAAGCAGCAAAAUGAGGACUUAAGGCGCAUGGCAGAAUCUCUCAGGAUACCAGAUGGUCCCAUUGAUCAGGGACCAGCUGCAGGAAAGGUACAUGCUUUAGAGGAGCAACUUCUAAAGGCCAAAGAACAGAUAGAAAACUAUAAGAAGCGGACCGGAGAUGUAGAAGGCCUUGGAAAAGACCAUGAAGUACUGAGAAGGAGGAUUGAAAAUGGGGCUAAGGAACUUUGGUUUUUCCUCCAGAGUGAACUGAAGAAGUUGAAAACUCUAGAAGGAAAUGAACUGCAAACACGCAUUGAUGAAUUUCUGUCUGAUUUGGGUCAUCAGGAAAGGUCAAUAAUGACCGACUUGUACUACCUCAGUCAAACAGAUGGAGCUGGAGAUUGGCGGGAAAAAGAGGCCAAAGAUCUAACAGAUUUGGUACAGAGAAGAAUAACUUAUUUACAGAACCCGAAGGAUUGCAGCAAAGCUAAGAAACUUGUGUGUAACAUCAACAAAGGCUGUGGCUAUGGCUGCCAGCUUCACCAUGUGGUAUAUUGCUUCAUGAUCGCGUAUGGCACCCAGCGCACGCUCAUCCUGGAGUCGCAGAACUGGCGCUACGCCACCGGCGGCUGGGAGACCGUGUUCCGGCCCGUCAGCGAGACCUGCACCGACAGAGCAGGCUCCACCACUGGCCACUGGUCAGGUGAGGCUAAUGAUAAGGAUGUUCAGGUGGUGGAACUUCCCAUUGUUGACAGCUUACACCCACGGCCACCCUAUUUGCCCUUGGCUGUCCCUGAAGACUUGGCUGAUAGACUAAUUCGUGUACAUGGGGAUCCUGCAGUGUGGUGGGUCUCACAGUUUGUGAAAUACUUGAUUCGUCCACAGCCUUGGCUAGAAAAAGAAAUAGAGGAAGCCACAAGGAAACUUGGUUUCAAACAUCCAGUGAUCGGUGUUCACGUCCGAAGGACAGACAAAGUAGGGACAGAGGCAGCAUUUCACCCCAUUGAAGAGUACAUGGUACACGUGGAGGAGCGGUUUGAGCUGCUUGCUCGCAGGAUGCAUGUUGAUAAAAAAAGAGUCUAUUUGGCUACAGAUGACCCUUCGUUGUUGCAAGAGGCAAAAUCCAAGUAUCCAAAUUAUGAAUUUAUCAGUGAUAACUCCAUAUCCUGGUCAGCAGGACUCCAUAACCGAUACACUGAAAACUCUCUAAGAGGUGUCAUUCUGGAUAUUCACUUUUUGUCUCAGGCAGACUUCCUGGUCUGUACAUUUUCAUCCCAGGUUUGUCGAGUUGCCUAUGAAAUUAUGCAGACAUUGCAUCCAGAUGCUUCAGCGUAUUUCCAUUCUUUGGAUGAUAUCUACUACUUUGGGGGACAGAAUGCUCACAACCAGAUUGCUAUUUAUGCUCAUCAUCCACGAACUGCUGAUGAAAUUCCUAUGGAACCUGGAGAUAUAAUUGGAGUAGCUGGAAACCACUGGGAUGGUUAUUCAAAAGGCAUCAAUAGGAAAUUAGGAAGAACAGGCCUGUACCCAUCCUAUAAAGUUAAGGAGAAAAUUGAGACAGUCAAGUAUCCUACAUACCCAGAGGCUGACAAGUAGAUUAAAAGGAAGACAUUCAGAAGUUAUUAUAAUAAAACUCAAUUUUGAUUGGUUCAAACCAGUCAACAACACACUAACUAUUGGUUUCUAUGGGAUUCGAAUUUGCAUUUUAUCAUGCGGUUAAAAUCAAAGCCUUUGUAAUGAAACUGGAGAAGAAACUGAGAACAAGUGGAUGGGCUAUUGUCUGAACUUACUCUUAAACAUUUUUGUUAUAUGCACUCUCACACAUGCACACACAAACCCACGUACAACAGGAAAACUGUUGUUUUAUACUUCUUGUCUCUUUUCAGGAGUUGUCCCAGUCAUUAGUCUUACGUGAGCUUUGGGCUCUUUCCUCCGCCAUUAAUUGACAAUAAUGUUCAGACUUAUAACACUGCCACAUUGUGUAAUUUGAGUGACAUGAACAUAUUUUGUAUGUGCAAAAUUUGAAACAUGGUGCCUAUAUUUGAAAAGUUUGUGACCUUUUUAGAAGAGCCAUGCCUGUUUCACAAUGGGCAAGAGUCCACUUUCAUCUGGUGUUACCAUGACCACUGAACUUGCUUCAAACAACAGAUUCAGAUUUCAGACUAGAUUUCUUUACAAGUAUGGGGUUUUUUUAGCAUUCCAUUGAUUACUUCUCAUAAUUAAUAAAAUAAAGGUUACAUUCAACAA